GUGAAGACUGAAAAGGGAAGAGUGCGCUCAACCUCUGUGGCUCUAUCUCGAAUCAAACUCAAUUUCUUAUUUUUUUAUCAGAUAUCCCCAAAUAAUCAUGCUGUCCGUUCUUGCUCCUAAAUUUUGCUGCGGAUUUGUGUUACUAUCUACUCCAAGAUUGCCCAUUUUUUCCUCUUUAAACUCUCAUUUCCCCCCGAAAUGCCUUACAUGUCCCAACCAUCACCGUCCUUUCCUCCGCUCUCAAUCGGCAAGACAACCCAGAACGCAGAGCUUCGUAUUCUGCUCGAGAUCCUCGGAGGCAGAGGAGGAGCCCUCCACUGAGACAGAGGAUGAGUGGCUAACGAGACUUCCUGAAAAGAAGAAGGCUUUGUACUCUCACAGCUUGCCUUGCAUCGAGGCAUGGCUUAGGGACUUAGGGUUUUACCAGAGCAAAGACGACCGUGCCGUUUGGUUAGUUGAGAAGCCGGACUGGCACGCCCAGAUGUCGCUCGAUGUGACCGAUCUGUAUAUUAGGUAUUUGAAAAGUGGACCUGGAAAUCUUGAGAAGGACGUGGAAAGGAGAUUUAGCUACGCAUUAAGUAGAGAAGACAUUGAAAAUGCCAUUCUUGGAGGGCCAUAAGGAGAAGAACUUCUUGACUCUUGCUCUCGGUCUAACAUCUGGAUAGAGUAAUCUAGUUGGAGUUGAAUACUUUCAAUGUAUACUGUAUUUGGAUGUGUCAAUGUGUUUCACUGCCUUUGAGUAGCUUGUGGAGAAACGCUGGUAGUAUUUUGUGGUAAUAAUACUUUUUUUUUACGUGUUA